UAAGACACUGCGCCCCACUUUUGCUAUCUCAUGUGGACUGUUUUCUUUAGUCUGGUACGAACACCUUUCUUGGUCAGUAAUAAGGUUCAAUUUAGUAUGACAAAAAAAGUUUAAAGCGUCCUCUACUUUUAUAUCUCCAUGCACGGCAUGCACUCUUGUUAUUGCCUAGUGAUUAUUAUGUUCUUUGGUUAUUGCUUUCCAUGUCGGCCUAAGGAAUCUUAUAAAUAUUUUUUCGCGAAUAAGCAAAUCGUGUAGUUGUAAAAUGACGAAGCGGUCUAACCCCUUUACUGAAGACUUCGUGCAGCAAAGUAAAGUCCACGUCGGAAUGAAACAAUUCAACAACAACGAAGACCGACUUCAGAAAGUGUAUGAGAAAACCCUUGAACUGUUGUUCCGAGGCGCAAAGAUGCCUACAAAGAGUGUUAGUGAGAUAACAACAGUGAAUGAAAUCAGAAAGGAUGGUUUUAAGCAGUUGUUCCUUGGGAAAGAUGGUCAUCUGCAACAGAGUGGUGCUGUGAGCCUGUCACCCAGAAGUGUCCAUGCGGGACUGUGUCAGAGGACCAAUGCUCGUAUUGCGAGAAAGCACUCUGCGGAGCCUGCCAGCAUCCCUGCGAGCGCUGUCAACACCGCUACUGCAACCACUGCUGUCUUACAGGAUCUGAAGGCUCGGAGAUAUGUGUAUCCUGCUAUAGUUAAUUUAUUUACUGUUUGUUUUACACUUUAUUUACUUAGUAGCUAAAAAAAGUUGGUUAAUGUUUAAUAUUUUAUUCUGUUACCGCUCUACAAUUAGAAUUGACGAAAAUAUUUUAAUCAAUUAGUUUUAAGAAAGGUAAACGAAAUAUGAAAUUGUGUAAAGCUACAGGUCUAAAUAAUGAAAAUUGUUGAAGGUAUGACGUUAAAAGAAUGGGAAUUUCCAUUUAAGACGAAUUGUUUAAGCCCUUUUCUCAUAUGAGAUUUAUAUAAAACAUACACGUGGCAUCCACUGGUAUAUAAAAAUCAAACAAGGCACAACCCUAACCUGCAACGGUGUUAGUAAUUUUAGAAAUUCAGGUCGUAUCUCGGUCGGACGGGCCUCACCGGCAAUAAGAAUGGGGCCAGUACAGCCGGUGUCACGCACACGAAUUCGAGCCAAUCGUGCAGUUUAACGCCACAACGCGAUUGGUUGACGAGUUAACAUCACGCGCGCGAUUAGUCGCAACUAGUUGCGUUAGACUGCGCGAUUGACUCGAAUUCAUGAGUGACACCACUCUUAGUGCCCGGAAGGCCCGUCUUUAAUAUAUGUGUAUGGUCGACACACAAAGGGUCAAAAGAGCUCCAAAUCGACUAAGAUAAAUGACCAUUUUAAGGACCAAUGAUUACCGUAUUUAGUGACUCUCAUUGAACAUGCAUCUAUUAUGUUAUAGCCGUGGAAAAGGGCUUGAUAUUUUUCAGUGACUUGUAUUAUUAUAAAUUAUAAUAAAAUAAGGGUGACA